AUGGGGAUUGAUAAGGAAGAACCGCCCUGCAGUGGUGAGCAGACAUUAAACUUGAUGUCAACACUAAAGGAAUUGCAUAAACUCAACUCUCGGGACCUUUAUAGAUUAUUAAAGGAUUCUGGAAGUGGAAAUUUAUCUGUUCACUACCUUACUGAAAAAGGAGUGCUUCUGAAGGUUGAUAUAGGCAAGCUUGCACAAUCUCUUCCAUUGCAUCUUACUACAAUACUAAUUUUUUCUAGAAGAGAUGACGAUGUGUUCCAAUACGUGUUAUGUGGCAUUCGUCUGUUGCAUUCGUUAUGUGAUUUAGCCUCUCGACAUCCAAAAUUUGAUCAGAUUUUUCUACAUGAUUUGAAAGUGGUGGAACAACUGAUUGAUUUGGUUUUGUACAUCCUUACUAUUCUUAGUACCUACAGACAGGAAGAUCAUGCUUCUAGACUUAUGUACCUUUCGCAUUCUGCUCUUUUAGCAUGCAACUUACAUCUAAUAACUGGGUUUAUAUCAACACAGUUUCAAGAUAUUGCCAAUGUUUUGCUUGCACACCCAAAGGUUGACUUAUUUAUGGAUGCAACUUUUGGAUCAGUUCGCGUGGUUGUUAGGAGUCUGGAGAUUACAUUGAUAGUUUGCUACAAAGAUUUUUCCAUGGAAUCAAAUCUUUCAUCUGAACAAGUAGUAUAUUUUCUCUGCCAGCGAUGUGAGGCUUCUCUACAGUUUAUUCAGUCAUUGUGCCAGCAAAAAUUGUUUAGGGAGCGCCUGCUCAAUAAUAAGGAACUAUGUGGAAAGGGAAGCAUUCUUUUCCUCGCUCAAUCUAUCUUGAAGUUAAACAUUCAAUCAUCUUCUCCAACUAGGAUCGUGGCUGGAAUUUCAAGGCUGAAAGCCAAAAUAAUAUCCAUUUCUGCUGAGUUUGUGUGA